CUGCAACCUCCAACAACUUGCCAAGGGGCCAUGUGUUUUUGACGAUGCGACCGUUCUAAAUCACUCUUAUACUCAGCAUUUGUUUGAUCCCAAUGACUUGAAUUGCCAGUUUUGCCGUUCCUUUCACUUCAAUUCUGCCCCGAUCGAAUCUCCUCGACCCCCUUUCGACCGCCAGACGCUUUCUUGGCUUCUUGGCUCAAGCUCGCUCGCUCGCUCCCUGUUGGACGGGGUCGCCGUCAUCUCCCUCACCCUCGAAAUCCUCUUCAACUGUCAUCGUAGAUAAUCGUCUAUAUUCCCGCUCACGAUGGCUUCACACGGCCAAUACCCCCCUGCGCAUAUGAUGCCCAACAAGCAUCAUCACCAUGCCCCUUACGGCUCUCCUGUGGCCAUCCCUGGAGGCGCUCCGGCUGGUACCUUCGCCCCAGGCACCAAGAUCCAGGUUGGCAGCCACCGCGUGGUGAUUCAGAAAUAUCUCUCCGAGGGAGGCUUCGCCCAUGUCUACCUCGUCAAGCUGGCCAAGCCUGUCGACGGCACCGAUCAGGCUGUCUUGAAGCGAGUUGCGGUCCCCGAUAAGGAUACCUUGCGGGGCAUGCGCAUCGAGGUUGAGACAAUGAAGCGUCUGAAAGGCCACCGACCGAUCGUCACAUACAUCGACUCGCAUGCCUCCGAGCUUCAAGGAGGGGGAUACGAAGUUUUUCUGCUCAUGGAGUUUUGCAAUGGCGGUGGCUUGAUCGAUUUCAUGAACACCAGGCUACAACACCGCCUAACGGAGCCAGAGAUCCUCAACAUCUUCACCGACAUCGCUGAGGGUGUCGCGUGCAUGCACUACCUAAAACCACCACUUCUCCACCGCGACAUCAAAGUCGAAAACGUUCUUAUUACCGCCAGAGGAUCGUCCAGACGAUUCAAGCUUUGCGAUUUCGGUUCAGCCGCAUCACCUCGUCCCGCCCCCACUACCGUCACCGAAUGUCGUCUUAUGGAUGAAGAUGUACAGAAGCACACCACAAUGCAGUACAGAAGUCCCGAGAUGAUCGAUGUAUACCGCAAGCAACCCAUAAACGAGAAAUCUGAUAUUUGGGCAUUGGGAGUUUUACUGUAUAAGCUGUGCUAUUACACUACUCCCUUUGAGGACCAGGGCCAAUUGGCUAUUUUGAAUGCCAGUUACAGAUUCCCUAGCCACCCUGUGUUUUCUGACAGGCUCAAGAAAUUGAUAGCAUCAAUGUUGAGGGAGAACUUACAAGAUCGACCUAAUAUCUUCCAAGUACUAAAGGAAGGAUGCGCCAUGCAAGGACGUGAUGUUCCCAUUCAAGAUAUUUACAGUCGUCCGCAAUCCCAUGCAAGAACCGAUAGUCCUCAACCCAAGGCCCCCAAACCAGAACAAACUCCUGCUGUGGGUGCCGUGUUUACGCGAGCUGAACCUCAGAAGCAAGUUAUUCCUGAUGUUGUACCGAUGCGAAGAGGACGACCAACAGUUUCGCCGGCUCCAGCCAAGGUAGCCCAGAAGCCAGAUUCUUCUCCGAUGAGAAAGACUGAGGGAGACCCAUUUGCUGCCCUUGAUUCCAAACCUGCUUCCAAAGGAUUUGACGAACUUUCCUCAAGAUUCCCUACCCUCGAUCAAUUUUCACUAUUGCAUGAUCAAGGCACCAAAUUCGAUUUUGAUGUCUCUUCACCUAUCUCACCCACAGGCGGCAAUACGUCAUCUGAUUUGAACGAAAGAGUGACAGCAAAACUGGCCGACGAGGCAUUCGCAGCGCCGCAGACCGAACCCCCUCGACCGAAGCCAGUGUCUAGAACACACUCGGUCACGCCUGUGGGACACCAUGCUGCAGUUGCUUCACCUCCCUUGGAGCCCCCGCUUGCUAAGACUUUAUCCGCACCAAGUAGACCCGACAUUAGCAGGGCGCAGUCCAUCAUUAGCAACAACCCCGAGCUGCAGGCGAUCUCUUCUCAAUCUAACUCGCGAUAUGUCUCGACUGGCACGAUGACCUCGACACCUCCACCCGAGAAGUUCAGCCGGGAUGUGGAACGGCCUGUUCAGCGCGAAAUCGCUGAAUAUUCUCGUUCCAGCAGCGCUACAAGGCAGGUUGACCCGAGUGCAGCGCAGUGGAAUGCAGAGGAACCCCGUGCUGCAGUCUCACAAAGAAUUUCGGCUUUUCAGCAGCCUAGUCAUGAACGUCAGCCAUCUUCAUCGAGGCCCUCACUCGAAGGCGGCCGUCCUCGUGCUGAUUCUUAG